AUGAGAAAAGAAACUACGGCUCAAACUUGGGUUGAAGUUGAUAUAGGAAUUCUGUGGGAAGCUUUGGCCAAGGAUUUAUGGCUUAUCUUGCCUAAAGUAAUCCCAAAUUUAGUGAAGUACAGUUGCUGGAAGGGAACGGUGGACUUGGGACUAAUUCUUGUCUAUUGUAAAACAGAGGUGACAAAUGCUGCAUUCCAAAAGGAAAAGAUUGUGGAACUUGAUGAGAAUGAGUACAGAUUUGGUCUAGAAGUGAUACAAGGUGGUCACCUGAACCAUGGUUUCACUUAUUACGCGACUACUUUUAAAUUAUCAACUGAAAUUGGGGUCAAAAAGCAGACUCUAGUCGACAUUACGAUCACAUACGACACUGAGAGAGAGGAGAUAGACAUGCCAUUGCAAACAGCAAAAUCAGCAUCAACUUUCAUGAAGGCUCUCGAAACCUAUCUACUUACAGUUUCCAUCUAA